GUGAAUUCAAUAUGGCGGCGCGCUUGUAGCCUCAAGAUAAUGAACUAAUUUUUGUUCGUUUUUAUAAAGAUAGGCGUUAACAUGUGGUAUUGGUGGAGAGUAAGCUUUUCCGCACCAGUGCAGUCACUGUCGCUACAUCUGCAGUGUAAUAAAACGGCUGGUUUAUGGAAAUAUUCACGAUUGCAUUCAUCUUCGGGAUCCAACGUUUUGUGCGUCUCACGUCAACAUGGGAAUGUCGUCAGUCGCUUGUGGAGCGUGGCUCAUAGAGCUCUGCGACAGUCAGCCACGCAAGCAUCCAAACGCUCUGGUAUGAUACUGAGGUUCAUCUUCACACCAGCUGUGCUUACGGUGUCCGGGCGACUGUUUUGCCACACCGCGUACUGCAAAGCAGAUGUGAACAACAACAUCCCAGUAGAGACUGUGAACAAAAAUCCAGAGUUCAAAUGGCACAUUCUGUGGGAGUUUGUGAAGCCUCAGCUGUUUGCACUCACAUGUGCUGUCGUGCUGGCUUUUGGUGCAGCCAUUUUAAACAUUCAAAUCCCUCUGAUGCUGGGGGAGCUGGUGAAUGUUGUGGCACGCUACCUGAGAGAACACACUGGGAAUUAUAUCCGUGAAAUAAGAGGACCCGCUUUUAAAUUGCUUGGACUGUACGGCAUCCAAGGCUUGUUAACAAGCGGCUACAUCAUCCUGCUCUCAAGGGUCGGAGAAAGAGUGGCGGCCGACAUGAGGAAAACCCUUUUCGCGUCGCUACUGAGGCAAGAUGUGGCGUUCUUUGAUGCUAACAAAACAGGACAACUGGUGAAUCGCUUAACAGCUGACAUUCAGGAGUUCAAGUCUUCUUUUAAGUUGGUCAUCUCUCAGGUACAACGUAAACAUUACCUUUUUUCCCCUCAUUUAUACAUUCACCCAUUUUCUCGAGUGUUUGUCUUCAUUAGGGUGCUGUGUGAGCUGGAGCAAUCGAAAUAAAGUCAAUACCAAUAAAAUACCACGAGGUGGCAGUAUCGUUCUGCUAACGUCUUCCUUUUCCCUUGCCAUAAAUAAGUCUGCGUAGUUCCCUCAUAUAGUUGAGGUUUCACUUAAUUGUACUUUUUUAAAUUUUAGUUUUA